AUGGAGUGGACAGUAAUACACGAUACUUUGUUAUGCCAUGAGGUACUACUAGAAGAACCUUACAAGUAUAACAAAGGAAGUAAUGAAAAAGGUAAAAAGUGGACUGAAAUAGCUGAAGCCUUGAAUGAGAGUGGAGACGUGAAAUUUACAGUCACUCAAAGAGGUGUCUGAGAAAGGAUGGAACGGCUUAAAAAAAGAAGCACUUGGAAAAAAAGAAAGGAGAAGAAUCAGCUAGUCGCAUUCCAGUAGAUGACGUAACUGAACUUUAA